CAUUCAUUUCAGUAAACAUUAUGAUGGGUGUGCGUCGGCUCCCUAGACUUGCGAACUAUUGGAGCACUGAUAAACGAUUUUCAGAUCCAUAUAUUAGCUCCAUAUUUCCAAAGAGUAGAUUCAUCAUCAUGAAUAGAUACAUUCACCUGCUUGACACUAGCAAUGUUCCAGGGAGGAACGAUCCUGAAUAUGACCCAUUGUUCAAAGUGAGAAAUAUGAUAGACUUCAUAGUCCCCAAACUACAAGAAAACUACAAUCCAGGGCAGAAACUUUCUAUAGAUGAAGGCAUGAUUGGAUUUAAAGGAAGAGUUCACUUCAGGCAGUACAUGCCAGCUAAACCUACUAAAUGGGGAAUCGAAGUUUGGCAGAUAUGUGAGGCAGAUACGGCAUACUGUUGCAAGUUUCAAAUAUACACCGGAAAAAAACUUGGCGGGGAUAGGCAGUAUGGGCUAGGGUAUGAUGUAGUUUGGAGCUUGUCUGAGUCCUACCACAAUCAGAACAGACAUUUGUACUUUGAUAGAUUCUUUUCAUCAGUGACAUUGACUGAGCAUCUAGAACUUGUGAAUACCUAUGUCUGCGGAACUAUAAUGUCAAAUAGAAAAGGUGUUUCAGAUGAUGUAAAAAAGGCAAAACUGAAAAGAAGAGGGGAGCUUGUACAGGUACAGAAAGGAAAUCUGCUUGCUACAGCAUUCAAGGAUAAAGGACAAAUAACAUUUUUGCCAACAUCUCAACAGCCAAAUUAUGAACGAGGAUCUUCAUAAACCUCACGUGAAUGUCUCGUACAAUAUGUACAUGGGCGGUGUAGAUAAGUUUGACCAAAUGGCAUCCUACUAUCCAGUUGGAAGACCAGGGAAUAAGUGGUGGCGAUAUAUCAUGUGGUAUGUUGUGAACUUGGCUAUUGUAAAUGCCUGGAUCUUAUUUCAGAAAACAGAGAACAAAGAUCCCCCACCGAAGAAAUAUUAUGAUCACCUACAAUUCCGUGUGGAUGUUGCUGAUCAGCUGCAAGCAGGGUUUACCUGUAGGAAAUACAGAGCAGGAAGGAAAUCUAGAAAUGAUGAAAACAUUCCUGUGCUUGGUGCCAUCAACCAUCAUAAACUAGUGAAGAUUGAGGGUCGAAAGAGGGUGUGUCAGCAAUGUUCGAAACAAGGACGCAAAACUCCAAAGGGACGUGCAGUGGAGACAUCAUUCAUGUGCCAAUUUUGUGUUAUGCCAUUGUGCAGAGUUGGUUGUUUUACUGAUUACCAAGAGAGAAAUUAAUGAAUUUUGAAUGUUGACUUGUGUGAAAAGUGCUGAAAAGAACAAAAAAACUUCACAAACUUGUGAUUUUGCCAUUUUGAAAACAUUUACCUGUAUCUUACCUGUUCUCGUUAACCUGUGUCUCACCUGAUGAGGAAUACUCUUGAAACUUACCUUACUAAUAUGUGAGGUUACCAGUACAUCAUGGAAGUGCAUAUUUGGAAGAUAUAAACACUCAAAGAUGUUUUAUGUCCCUCAACCUGAUUGUGUGUGUUGUAUCAGGGAAGCGCUGGAAAAGAAGGGCUUAUCAGCAGACGUUGGUACGGCGGUCCUACAGUCAUGGAGACCUGGCACCAACAAGGCUUUAACAACCUGGGAUGGAAACAGUGGAGAAAUUGGUGUAAUCAACGGAGGAUUGAUUUCCACAAAGCGUCUGAAAAAGACAUAGUGAAUUAUCUGCUUUAUUUGGCGGAUUUGGGUAAAUCAUACAGUGUCAUCAACACUCACCGUUCGAUGUUAUCACAGACUAUGCAAAUGUGUGGUGUGCAGGCAUGUAAGGAUAGUGUCUUGAUUUCACGUGUGAUGAAAGGCCUUUUCAACAGGAAUCCACCUCUACCUUGUUAUGUCGGGACAUGGGACGUAUUGUUGGUGUUUAACUAUAUUCAAUCUCUUCCUAGUGGGACGGAUAUUUCCUUACGAGAUUUGUCUAUGAAGUUAGUGACUCUAGUGGCCUUGACGACGGCACAGAGAGUACAAACUCUGGGUGCCCUAGACAUUGACUAUAUGCAUCAAUCUGCAGAUGGUAGUAGCUAUACCUUUAUGAUCAAAGAUUUGUUGAAAACGUCGCGACCAGGACAUUUAGGUCAAAGUCUGAAACUUUUUAAAUUUGUUGAUGUUAAACUUUGUGUUGUGUCUACCUUGGAGAGCUAUUUAAAGGCUACCAAGGAUAGGAGGAAGAGUAGGAAACUCUUUGUAUCCUUUAAAACUUUUGAGGCGGUCUCAGCUUCCACUCCUGCCCGAUGGGUAAAAUCCGUCCUUCAUACUGCUGGAGUGGACAACUGUUUCAAGGUGCAUUCUGUUAGGGGUGCAUGCCUCAACCUCAGCUGCGUAUGCAUGUGGCGUACCUAUGGAGGACAUUUUGCGUACGGCUAACUGGGCGUCUGCCAGUACUUUUGGCAAGUUUUACCAUCGCGAUACCAAUGUGUUGGCGCGUGAGAAAAACUUUGCAAGUUCUAUUUUGGAUCAGAGAUCUACAUGUACAUGAUUUGUAUCUUAUUUGGGUUGUGAUGGAAUUACAUUUAUAUUUGAGAAUGACA